AUGACGUCUGCCUUCCCGGGACCCAAAGGGGCCUCCGUCUGGCUACCAGACCCUCUUGAGAAGAACUUGAAGGCCGCAGGCUACGAGAGCCUUACACUGUCAGAAGACUUUAUAGUCCAGAACGUCGUCCAGGGUAAAGACGUGGAGCUGGUGAAGGGCAUGAAGGAUGGUCGUUCUCCGGGGGCUCUGAUUGCUGUGAUCAAGACGCUUCUUGUGACCCCCGCCCGUGCCCAUCCCAGGACUCUUUUCAUCACUUCUUCCCAUGAGUCUGCUAAGGCAGUUGGUGAAAUGGCAGAAUCUCUCUUGAAAGAUGCUGGGAUAGUGCAGAUCGUCCGCUCUGUCCUAGAGGGCCCAGCCCGUUCAGGCCCAGCCCGUUCAGACCCAGCCCUCGUGAUUGCUACGGCAGGUAAAACGCUUGAGGCCUUCCAUCGUGGUCUCAUAGUCGCCGAAGAUCCGAGGAUCGUCGUGAUUAACGACCCGGAAAAUCUACUGGGUGCUCGUUCUCAAGCUGUCAGCGCAAUCCUCAAGAAGUCGCCAGAGAGACACACUCUGGUCUGCGUCACGACAGGAUGGGAUGCGCGCACCCUCCUCGAUGUCUUGCAGGCUGCCGGGAUUGAUGCCCUCAUAUUCAACAACACAGUUCCUAGCGACGCACGCGAGGAUGCAUUGAGAAGCUACAGCAGCACUGACAACCCUGUGCGGGUUCUGCUUAUCUGUAAUAUCUCGAGCAGUGGUAUUCUCCUGCGGAACACCAGUCAAAUCAUCUACCAUAGUAUCUACCAUGACUGGGAUAUUAUGCAUAGCCUAAUCGUGCAAGCUCAUGAGAGGUUCACGGUAUAUAUCAUCCUUGAAAGAUCAGAGUCGCCAGCUGCGCAAGACAUUAUUGCACAGUUUCUAAAUACCUUUGAUCCCUCCAAUCUGAGACCAAACCCUGAUGAGCCCAUGAUCGAGUCUGAGGAUAUCGACCUAUCAGGAUUCCCGGCUGCCUAG